AUGCGACCCAAGACCAAGCCACCAGGGCAAGACAGCACCAUAUUGCGCUUUUCUGCACUUAUCACUCGCAAGCCAGGUGGUGAGUGCCACCGCGUCUGGAGCGAUAGGACUUUUGACACUUCCCCAUCCGGACCUCUCUUAGACCCUGCACCACCGGAACCGGUUCUUGAUAGAAAGAAUGCCACCCUGUGGCGUUGUGGCACAUCGCGCAUAGACCUCAGGAUUGUGGGGGGCUCGCUCGGCAGGAUCUCCGGAUCGUCGCUCAACCCCUUCGAUCUGAGCGGGAGUUUCCAAGUUGACCUGCAGGUCAUAUCCAAGAAUGAAGGGCCUCUACGACAAUUUUGGGGAAUUUGGUUUGAGCAAAACGCGAAGAAAUUUCAUUCGGCCACUGGAUAA